AUGGCAGGCUUCUGGAGUAGUCGGACAGCGCUCAUCACAGGUGUUGCCAUAACGCUACUAGGCACAUUCUACAUUUACCAAUCUGACACUCCUACAUCAUUCACAAUGUCCAGCAAAGGCUCCAGCGCGUCCAACGGCGUUCCAGGCUUAGAAUUCAAGCUCUCCCAAAUCUCGCGAAACCCUCCCUCUCUCCUCGUCACCCUCAAAAACACCCAUCCAGACACCCCUUACUCGGUCCUAAGAUGGGGUACGCCACUCGACCCCUCAGCGCUGAAUACUGGAGUCUUCAGCAUUCUUGACCACGACAGUGGCGACGAAGUUCCACAGGUUGUUCUGCAGAUCAACAGGUUGAUGCCUCCGCCGCAGGAGGAGCUUAUCACUGUGGCGCCCGGGACAGAAGAAGAGAUAGAGGUCGUGUUUGACAAGCCCUGGAUGCCACAAGAGAAGCCUGCAAAGUAUAAGGUCAAAGCUGAAGGGGAGUUCAAAGGUGUUUGGGGGAAAUAUGGAAGUGAAGUAACGGAGGAAGAACUGAACGCUUACAUUGAAAGUCCGUUCAGCGGCAAGAGCUUUACCACUGGCGAAAUUGUAUUGGAAGUUCACUAG